AUUUGAGCCACGAAAAUCUCCACCACACCACAACACAUCAAAACCCUAAACUCGAUCGUUCUCCAUAUUCCCCCGAUCGAUCCCCGAUCAGUUGUAAAACUCCAACAAGGAUGGCAGCAGCGACCACCGUGGUAGGCUUAGCCACCUCCUCCCUCUCGUCGGCGCCGCCCAUCUCUUCCCCCAAGAGAUCAAAUCUCAACUCAAGUUUCCUACGAUCCAGCAUCGCAGCCAGAAACCCUUUGAAGCAACAACUCGCUUCAGGUGGAAAGCUUACCUGCUUCAAGAGAGAUUGGCUACGGACGGACCUGAACGUAAUAGGGUUCGGGUUUAUAGGAUGGUUAGCGCCUUCAAGCAUUCCAAUUAUCAACGGUAAUAGCUUGACGGGACUCUUCUUUCAGAGCAUUGGAUCGGAGCUUUCUCACUUCCCGUCACCCCCAGCUCUCACUUCUCAGUUCUGGUUGUGGCUGAUCACCUGGCAUUUCGGACUGUUCCUUUGUCUCACUUUCGGCCAAAUUGGCUUCAAGGGAAGGAGUGAGGAAUACUUCUGAGCUUAAUUUGUGAUUUCUGUAAUGUAUAAACUAUAGUAUCUUCUCUUUGUUCUUCUCUGUAUUUCUCUCUCUCUCGCCUUCCUUUUGUAAUUUUUUGUAUCUCGAACAUGAUCAAGGUAACCUUUCUUUUCCCA